CCCAGCUGCUGCACCAUGGAGGAGCCGGUGCCCUCUGUGGAGGCCUACGAGGCAGCCAUGGUGCUGAGCGGGGUGGGGGACGCGCUGGGCUAUCGGGGUGCCCGCUGGGAGUACUGCACCUCGGGCCCCCAGAUCCACGGCGAGCUGGCUGAGCUGGGGGGGCUGGCAGCCAUCAGCCUGGAGCCCCCCGAGUGGCCCGUCAGCGAUGACACCGUGCUGCACCUCGCCACCGCCGAGGGGCUGGCCACAGGCCUGGAGGGGGAACCCCUCCUGCAGGAGCUGGCUCAGCGCUACGUGGCCGCCAUGGGGGACAUGGAAGGACGCAAGCCCGGACCCAGCAGCAUCCUCGGCACCUCCCAGCUGCGGCCGGGGGAGCCCCAGGGCUAUCGCAUCCCCUUCAACCCCCGCGGCACCGGCUGCGGGGCUGCCAUGCGCAGCCUGGCCAUCGGCCUCAGGUACCCACACGCCUCAGAGCUGCCGACUCUGAUCCGGGUGAGCAUCGAGAGCGGGCGCAUGACCCACCACCACCCCACUGCCCCUGUCCCCACAGGGUACCUUGGAGCGCUGGCUGUGGCUCUCUUUGGGGCACUGGGGGCUCGAGGUGAGCCCCCAGAGCGCUGGGGGGCUGAGCUGCUGCGGGUCCUGCCCCUGGCAUGGGACUACGUGCAGGGCACCGGGCUGGCCCUGGAGGACAAUGCUGCUGCCUGGCCGUUCUUUGGGGACACGUGGCACCGGUACCUGGAGUCCCGCGGGCUCCUGGCAGGCGGUGGCCCUCCGCGGGUGCCACCGCUGCCGUCCCCAGCCGAGCGGGACACCGAGUACCUGCGCUGGGCUUUGGACGGCUGGGCGGGCCGCAGCGGCCACGAUGCGCCCAUGGUGGCGCUGGAGGCGCUGCUGGCAGCGGGGGACAGCUGGCAGGAGCUGUGUGCCAGGGCGGUGCUGCACGGCGGGGACAGCGAUUCCACGGGCACCAUCGCGGCGGGCUGCUGGGGGCUGCUGCGGGGGAUGGCAUCUGUUCCCCCGGGGCUGCACCAGCGCCUCGAGUACCGCGGGCGCCUCAGCGAGGCCGCCCGGAGGCUGCACACGCUGGCCUGGGGGGCACGGCGGUGAGAAAUGAAACCCUGGAGAGGAGAGCGCUUUCUCAGAGUAGUAAUUGCUAGCUGGUGUUAAUGACGUUGAUAGGGUCUUAAUUGGAAGUGUUGGUCUGUUGUUAAAUAUUGAAUGUUAGAGUUCUAGGACUUGCCUUUAGUUGCCGCGAUUAAGUGUUACUAUUUUACCUUGUGUUUGUAUCCCUUCCCAUUACACUCAGUAUUUGUACUCCUUUCCCGGAUUUGUAUCCCUUUUCUUCGGGAACCACUUCCCCUGCUCCCUUGAGGACUUGCACCCGGACUGAAUUUAAAUGAGAGGCUGUGGGAACUAUAUGAACCCUCUCAAAACAACAAACCAGCACAUAAACUAUGACUUUAACCCAGCAGAACCGCACUAAAUCACCCACCCUUGACCAGAGCCGGAUUCCGUCCUGCCGCCAUAA